AUGUACCGCGUGUCGAUCGCUGCAUCGACCUGCGACUCGCUGGCAAUUCUGCUGCCGGAGAACUGCGUCAAGGUUAUCGACAAGAACAUCGACAUUUUCCUGUACAUCAUCGACAACAGACCGAGCUUGACUGCGCAAACCAUUUGCGGAGUGAUCUUCCAGUCGGGUGCUUGCGUACUGCAAGAUCCCGAAUUCCUGAACUGGUCGAUCAACGUUGCACCGGGAGGUACUCCGAUCACGUCGUCAAAAACCGGUCCCAACCGAGGUCCUAACGACAUCAAGAUCAUCCACCUGACGGAUUUGCACUACGAUCCGCACUACCGUACGGGGUACAACGCCGUCUGCGGAGAACCAUGCUGCUGCCGUGAAGAGCAGGGCAUUCCAGAAAAUCCGGCAGAAGGUGCUGGAGAGUGGGGAGACUACCGAGACUGUGACUCACCGUGGAAGGCAGUUGAGGAUGCCGUUCAGGAAGCUGGUCGUCGUCAUCCAGAUGCGGCAUAUGUUUACCACACUGGAGAUAUUAUUGAUCAUGGAGUCUGGAUGACAACGAUCCCUGGAAACGUUCGGUCCAUCACAAGAACUAUGGAGCUGUUGAAGCAGGUGUUCCCCAACAAGCCGGUAUACAACGUGCUGGGUAACCACGAGAUCACCCCGACAAACGUGUUCGCUCCAAGUCACAUCACUCGACCGGACUUUUCCGCAAGCUGGGUUUACGAUCUGGUAGCCGAUCAGUGGUCCACGUGGCUACCGGCUGCGACCAGACCAACGAUUCAACACGGAGGUUACUACACCGCUCUGGUUCGGCCAGGCUUCCGCGUGAUUGGCUUGAAUAACAACGAUGCGUACACCUUCAACUGGUGGAUUCUGUACGAUCCUGCUUACCUGCGAAGUCAACUUCAGUGGCUGCACGAUACCCUGCUGCAAGCUGAACAAGCCGGCGAAAAGGUCCACAUCCUGGCCCAUAUCCCAAUCGGCGCAGGCACCAGUUUCGCUCCCUGGUCUCGCCAGUACCGUCGUAUUCUGGACCGCUUCUGGAACACCGUGCAGGCCCACUUCCAUGGUCACACCCACGCCGACGAGUUCAACGUGUUCUACUCACAGGCCAACCCGCAGCACGCGAUCAACGUAGCGUUCAACGGCGGUGGUACCGUUCCAUUCAGCAAUUUCAACCCCAACUACAUCGUGUACUACGUGAACCCGCAGACAUUUGAAGUGACCGACUUUGAGUCCUACUUCUUCAGCCUGUCCGAGGCCAACCGCAACCCGCUCCGGAACCCGCUGUGGCAGCCGCUGUAUUCGUUCAACCGUGACUUCAACAUCCCCAACAGCUCGCCGGCGUCGCUGGACGCUCUGGCACGCCGCUUCGGAUCGAACCCCGCCGAGCUGCACCGCUACUGGCAGCACAAGGUCAAGUUCGGCGAUCCCUUCAUCGAGGAGGGUUGCGACGGUGCGUGCCUGAUGAACCACCUGUGCGAAAUCGUGACCAACACCGCCAACGACGACACCAAGUGCAACGAAAUUAUCGCUCUGUUCCGCGAGAUCGACGAUGAUAAGUGGAAUUUCGAGCAAUAA